UGCGCAUGCGCCGCGCCUCCGGGGCCGCCGCGGGUCUCUGCUCCGCAAGAUGGGGAAGGUCAGGGGUUUGCGGGCCCGCGUGCACCAGGCUGCCGUGAGGCCCAAGGGGGUCGGCGCGCCCGGCCCUGCGCCUCCUGCCCAGGAGGCGGCCCCUCUGCAGGUUCCAGCUGCAGGAACCGGGGGGAAGGACUGCGCUUUCAUCAGCACUGACAUCUUUGCCAGGACCAGGAUAGACCCCAGUGCCUUGGUGCAGAGCCUGGAGCUGGAAGCCCGGAGUGUCACUUCCGUCAGGAGAGGUGCGGAGGCCAAGGCUAUUCUGCCCAAGAAGGAGAAACUGAGGCUGAGGCGGGAGCGAUGGCUGCAGAAAAUUGAAGCCAUAAAGCUGGCCGAGCGGCAGCGCAGAGAGAUGCAGAGGCGGAGGGCGACAGCUGUGGUGGGGGACCUGCAGCCCCUGAGGGACGCCCUGCCCGAGCUCCUGGGGCUGGAGGCCGGCAACCAGCGCCAGGUCAACUGCAGGGCAGGAAGCAAGCCCAGGCCCGCCGAACUCAGCCGGAUGAGUGCAGCCCAGAGACGCCAACUCCUUGAAGAAGAAAGGACCCGGUUUCGGGAGCUGCUGGCCAGUCCAGCCUAUAGAGCCAGCCCCUUGCUGUCCAUUGGGAAGCAGCUGGCCCGCCAGAUGCAGCUGGAAGGCGGCAGUGAGCUCUGAACGAACAGGCUGACGGGUGUGCCAUAACUCCUCAAGACGCACCCAUAGGCAGAGGAGCCGGGAGAACAGCCGGCCUCUCAAGGACUGAGGCCUUGGCCAGAGCAGACAGCCCCAGGCCUUUUUGGCAUGUUGGGAUGGGCAAGGAAUGGGUGAGGACCAAUAAAGUGCUCCAUGAGCUUCA